GAGACCUCCAAAACGCCAUUGAUCACGGCCAGGAAGCAUUAACUGCUACCCCUCAAAAUCACCCAGCUCGAGCGACGCGGCACAACAACUUGGGAUACUUGUUGUCUUCAAGGUUUGAGAGGACAGGAGACCUAGGAGACCUCCAAAAAGCCAUUGAGCACGCCGAGCAGGCGCUAGCUGCUACCCCCCGUGAUCACCCACUCC